AUGAAGUUUUCCUAUACAAUCCCACUAUCCUUAUUCCUUGUAAGCUCAGUUACUGCAAAGUUUGAAGAUACUACCCCGCCAAUUGAGAUCGUGGGUAAUAAGUUCUUUUACUCCAAUAAUGGCUCACAGUUUCUUAUGCGCGGUAUUGCUUAUCAAGAGGACUCUUCACAGCUUUCAAAUAGCCAAGACAUUUAUAAAGACCCGUUAGCAGAUGUCGAGUCUUGUAAGAGAGAUGUUGUGCAUUUAAAAGCUUUAAACACCAAUACUAUUCGUGUUUAUGCGGUUGACCCCACAUUGGAUCACGACGAGUGUAUGCAAUUAUUGAGUGAAGCAGGUAUUUAUGUUGUUGCUGAUUUGUCACAGCCUCAGAACUCAAUAAAUAGAAACGAACCUGCUUGGGAUAUUGCUCAUCAUGAUAGAUACAUUUCUGUUAUUGACAAAUUUAGCCAAUACUCUAACGUUUUGGGUUUUUUUGCUGGUAAUGAAGUCACUAACAACCGUUCAAAUACCGAUGCUUCUCCAUUUGUUAAAGCCGCAGUUCGAGAUAUGAAGAAGUAUAUUGCCGAUUCUGAUGGAAUGAGAAAAAUCCCAGUUGGAUAUAGUUCAAAUGAUGAUGAAGAUACACGAGUUGCAAUUGCAGAUUAUUUUGCUUGUGGAUCUGUUGAAGAAAGAGCCGACUUUUUUGGUAUUAAUAUGUAUGAAUGGUGUGGAAACUCAACAUAUGAGUUGAGCGGGUAUAAAGAUCGAACUGAGGAAUACUCAAAUUUGCCAAUUCCAAUUUUCUUUUCCGAGUAUGGUUGUAAUGUUGAAAGACCAAGAUUGUUUACUGAAGUGCAGGCUUUGUAUAGUCCUAUUAUGUCCGACAUCUGGUCUGGUGGUAUCGUUUACAUGUAUUUCGAAGAAGAAAAUGACUAUGGGUUAGUUUCAGUCAAUGGAAAUAGUCUUUCCAUUUUGGAUGAUUACAAGUAUUACAGUUCAGAGAUCAAUAACAUUAGUCCAAGUUAUGCUCGCGCUUCGGAUCAGGAUACUGCGACUUCGACCAUAACAUGUCCAAAUUCUGAUAAAUCAACAUGGCAAGCGUCUCCUAAUUUACCGCCAACACCAGAUAGCGAAUACUGUGAUUGUGUUGCUAGAUCUUUUGGUUGUGUUGUUCAAGAUAACGUUGACGAAGAGGAUUAUGGAACAUUGUACGGUGAUGUUUGCGGUAGAAUCGAUUGCUCAGAUAUAGGAGCCGAUGGUGUUAAGGGUACUUAUGGUGAUUAUUCGUUUUGCUCGGCAAAGGAUAAAUUAUCAUACGUGUUGAAUUUAUAUUAUAUUGACCAAGGUCAAAACAGUUUUGCUUGUGACUUUGGUGGCAAGGCUUCAGUAAAUAGAAAUGCAGAAGCUUCUUCAACAUGUGGGCUUGGAUCAACUAGAAGAGCUUCAAGUGCAAGCGCAGGGGACUCCACCUCCACAUCUACAUCAUCGGGUUCUCGUUCAAACAGUGCACGGGUCAAUGCUGAAACAAUGUCAAACAUGAAGUUGAUGUCCUUGGUUGUGUUUGUUACUGCAUUGGUAGGAGGUGCUACAAUUGUAUUCUAA